CCGAGCAUUCUCGACCAAUCAGGUCCGAGAUCCUCGACGAGCAUUCUCGUCAUCAUCACCGGCCGAACAUUCUCGACCAAUCACCGUCGUCCUCGAGUACUUUCACUGCCGCACCGACAUACGGCCACGUUUUGUAACCUGUUCAUCGGCAGGGCAUAAGCAACCUGUCGAUCGAGCGCCCCACUUGCACGGGGCGCGCUCGGGCGAAUCGCGGAGGCGACCGCGCCGGCAACGACCCGCACUUGCGCACGAGCUUACACCACCGCGUUAGCCAAUCCCGCCACGCCCCGCGACUCCCCGACCGUACGGGCGAGCAGCCCGCAUAGCUCACCGCGUAGUAUCCGACUGCACACUAGUUUAGCCUACAUCUGUAAAUAAGUAGUUAAGUUCUUUUGUUUAAAUGUAAACCGCGUGAAUAAACCUUUAGUCUUUGAAGUCAUUCCGCCGCGCAACUAGCAAUCCGAUACCGGCGAUUGGCUGGACGCCGACGAGCUCUCUUUAUUUUGUUAUCUCUUUAUUUUUGUUAUCUCUUUUAUUUUGUCUCUUGUUCAUUUUGUUAACUCUUUUAGCAAUAAAUCAUUCUCUAUCUUUUUCUACUUAAAACACUGGGUAUAAUCAUUACGGACCUGACCUGACGGACAUUACACCUGACCAACCGACGAGCCUUAUCCGUUCCGAUCCCGAAGUUCCCGCACCGCACCGAACCGACCGAAAACGCGUACCGUUACAUAUAUAAUUAAUAUAAAAAUUGUAGUAAUAACAAAUGAGAUUUUAUUUACAGACUUGACAAGAUCUUUGUUCCAAAACAAAAGCAAAACGAUGUGAAAUAUCUAAAUAUACAAAAGCCACAGGUGGUGGCUUUUUUGUCAGCUUUGGAACAAUUUCUACAGAACAACAAGUUUUGGAUACGAUGAAUCCAACAGCAAUCAGUGGCCAUGAAAAUAUUGCAGAAACGAAAAAAUUAUUUGAUAAUAAGUUGUUCGAGAUCACCAGAAUUCCAGCGCAUCACGCUUAUAACGCGUGGCCGCGUUCUUCCCGCUCGUGCGGCGAAAUGUUGUCGCGAGCGGGAAAUCUAUGCUGUUGCCAAGUAGUCAAAUUCCAUUUUCGGCAAACAAUAACAGCGAGCCUUCUCGAGAGAUCUACGGAAAUCAGUAACCGUCGCAUAUUUACUGAAUUCUUGCCGGGAUCUUUCAAGAGGAAUCGUUGCUUAUAUAAGGGUCAUCUAUCGCGCGCGCUCCGCAGUCGCAUUCCGAGCAAAACUGGAAAACGUCAAGGAAGAGUUACUCAAUGCCAAACUGAAGUUCUAGUCACAUAUUUUGAGCAACAUUCCCAUGUGGCAAACUCUUUCCACAAUACUCCGUGCUUUACAUAAUGUCUGAUUAUAAAAAUACUGCCGACUCCACUGAGGAUAAGGUGCCAACAAUGUCAUAAGCCAUGGUUCCAAAGGAUAUCUAGCAAUUCCUGUAAAUACAUAUACACACAGUCAUGAAACUAAUUGUUUGAUUAAAAGAUGUAAUAGAUGUUUAUUUUAUGCUACAAAUUUACGAAAUAUUAAAUUUUUUUAGAAAAAAUUGAAUUGAAAAUGAAAAUUCUAGUGAUAUACUUUCAUCAAAACUAUUGUUUUUUAUAAAAAUAGAAAUAAGUAUUGUAAUAUUUUUGAUUGUAUAUGAUUAAUUAUAGAAUAAAAAUUAGAAAGAGUGCAGACGUCA